AGGAACGGGGGAAAUGAAACCAGGCAGGGCAGCAGAGCGGUCAACUUCAGCACGCAUCCUUCACUAUGCUACUCAACUGGUUGGUUUGGCAUUUAUUGUGAGUAAUAAAUACACCAAGUCAGGUGACCUCAGGCCCCAAUUCAGUGAAAUCUGCUGGGCUUCUUUGCUCUUCUCUGCUGGAUCUCGAAAGAGGCCAGAGAUGCUGUCUGGACAGCAGAGCAGGUGGGCAGGGGUCCCAUGAUCCAGGGCCACAAAGCAGAGCCCCAGGAAUUGCCUAGGCGUUUCACUUGGGGCAGCUGCACAUGGUUAGGCGAGCAAAGUUCCCAGUCUGCGUUCUCAGGAAAUUCAGGAAGAUCAGGGCUGACUUCCCAAAAGCCCCAGGGAACCCAGCGUUGCCCCCGUUCUUGCAUCUCGUGGGUUGCACUGAGAACGCACCUGGAGUACAAAAAUGGACAGAGCGACAGAGCCAUUUGGGGGCCGUACAGUACAGUACAGCCCCACCACCGGUUGGCAGCACAGCUGACCAUGAAGUCAAAUUGCGGGCAGCCACUCUCCGCCUCGUCCACGCCCUCUUCUCUUUCCCCGCUUCAGGCAGCAGCAUGAAAGUAGCAACUGCCCUCCUUGGGCUGGCCUGGAUGCUCCAUGCAGCAGUGGCCCUGCAAAUCUGCGCCUUCAACAUCCGGAGUUUUGGAGAUAGAAAACUGUUGGACCAGAGUGUUUCUGAAAUUAUUGUGAAGAUCCUGUCCCGGUACGACCUUGUCCUCGUGCAAGAGGUGAGGGAUGCUGACCUCAGCGCAGUCCAGGAACUGGGAGAGCAACUCAACAGGGCCUCCAGGCACUCUUACGACUACGUGAUCAGUGAGUCGUUGGGCCGGGAGAACUACAAAGAGAUGUAUCUCUUCCUGUACAGGACACAGAGCUUCUCUCUUGUGGACCAGUACCAGUAUCCCAAUCCCGACAGCAUCUUCAGCAGGCCUCCGUUCAUCGUGAAGUUCGCCACUUCUGACUCAAAGAACGAGCUGGUACUGGUGCCCCUUCAUACCCCUCCAAGUGAGGCUGUGGCAGAAAUCGAUGCUCUCUACGAUGUCUAUCUGAAGAUGAUUGACAGGUGGCAGACUGAUAACAUCAUGUUCCUGGGGGACUUUAAUGCCGAUUGCAGCUAUGUGGGGAAGAAAGACUGGAGCUCCAUCCGUCUGCGCACCAGCGAGGUUUUCAAGUGGCUCAUUUCAGAUGACACAGACACCACCGUGGGCAACUCCGACUGUGCCUACGAUAGGAUUGUUGUGAGCGGCUCAAAACUAAGGAAGUGGAUUGUGCCCAAGUCUGCUAAAGUGUUUGACUUCCAGAGGGCAUUCAAGCUGAGCCAAGAGGAGGCUCUGGCUGUCAGUGAUCAUUUCCCAGUGGAAGUGGAGCUGACGUCCCCCUGAAGCUCUCAAUUGCCAGGCUGCUUGGCCUGACAAGGGUGGGACGAAAAGGGAUACCGGGCUUCUGGCAGGCACCAGCACCACACAUCCUGCCUUGCAAGUCACCUCUAGAUUUCCAGUGACUUGGAUUUCUGCUGAGCCUUGACUGGGACCUGGGAACCUGAAGGAGCG